UCAUAUGCCCAUUAUAAUUAAUACGGUAAAUAUUUAAGGUGCUUAUAUAUAACUAUAUUUUCCUAUAUAAAAGUAAUUAAACAUACUCGUGGAAAUUAUAAUGGAAAUGUAUCAGUAGCAGCCGCAAAGGGAGGCUAAAAUGUAUACGGUGGGGAAAGUAGAGGUAGGGUAAAGUACAAAGUAAAAUAGAUUGUAGCAGACAGUGUUUGUCGCAGGGACGAGCUUAGUAAUCGUUUCGUGCGCGCGUGAUGAUCACCAACACGAAUACUCGAUCGGCCGUCCUAGUUUUUCACUAGAUUUAUUUUUGUUAUUAUUAUUAAUUUAAUUAGAAUAUUAUAAUAGUCGUGAAAAAUCAAAACCAUGGAAACUGACAAAUUAAAUGAUAGGGAAAAUAAAACCAACGGUGAUGCUCAGUUUGCCGUGGUAGAAAUGGGAGAACUUAAUCACUGUUCGAGGCCAUCAACAUCGGGGGAAAAUAAAAGAUCCGGAUAUUUAGUAACGCUGAUGCACUUUAUAAAAGGAAACAUUGGCUGUGGAAUGUUGGCUAUGGGAGAAGCCUUUAAAAUUGGAGGCUUAUACCUUACAUUGUUUAUUUUGUUGUAUGUGUGGCUAAUUAGCGUCUACAAUAUGCAUGUUUUGACCACAUUAAGUAGGAAAGUGCAGAACCGUUUGCAAGCCAAACGUGCACCAUCAUUUGGUGAUACCGUCGAAAAUGCAUUCAAAAUGUCUGAUAAAUGGAUAUUUCGAAGUAUAUCAAAUAAUAUUAGAAAGAUUGUUUUUUAUAACAUACUUAUCACACAACUUGGUUUAUGCAGUGUAUAUAUUCUUUUUAUCGGCACUUCAUUACAAAAGCUGUUACUCCAAUACUCAUAUGAAAUUAAUAUUCAAACUGUUCUAUUAUUAACAAUGCCUUUGAUAAUGGUAUGUGCAAGUUUGAGAAAAUUGCGAUUUAUAGCACCAUUAUCAACUUUGGCCAAUUUUGCAUUGAUUACUGGCGUUAUUACGAUAAUGUACUAUAGCUGUUCUGGACCAUCAUCUAAGGGUGUUAGAUAUUCAUAUUCUAAAUGGACCGAAUUACCAACGAUGUUCGGAAUAAUCAUGUUUAGUUUUGAAGGAAUUGGAUUGGUUUUACCUCUUUUCGCGGAGAUAGAAGAUAGUAAAAAGUUUACAUCGAGUUUUGGAGUCUUGAAUUUUGGUAUGGUGGCCGUAAUGAUGUUAAACGUGCCUUUGGGUAUGACUGGCUAUUCAAAAUGGGGAGAUGACGUGAAAAGCAGUCUAACAUUGAAUUUGCCAUAUGAUCACGAAUUAACACAGUUCGUAAUACUCAUGAUGAUAUUGGGUAUAGCAUGUUCGUAUGCGCUUCAGUUUUACCCCGCAGCCGUAAUUGUCUAUAGUGACCUUGAAAAAAUCUACGGACCUUUUAACCAUCCCGCAGUAUGGGAUUAUAGCAUCCGGAUAUGUAUAUGCCUUGUAACUUACCUGGCUGCCAGUACAGUGCCGCACUUGGACCUAUUCAUGUCGUUAGUGGGUUCUGUAACUUGCGUUGCGCUCACCAUGAUUUUCCCUGCACUAUCCAAUUUGGCGUUCCGGACGAAAGACAAAGGUUCAUUUUUCGGUUCAUUUUUUGACAUGGUGACCAUACUUACGGCAGUGAUUGGUUCAGUCACCGGAAUUUACGCCAAUACAACUGCCAUUUAUGAGGCGUUCUCGCAAAACCAUAGCAAUGGCUAAAUCUGACUCGGACGUUUGGGGGAGCAAUAAAAACAAACAACCACUAGACCAGUAAUUUGAUUGAACCGUUGAACUUGAACACAUUAGAAACGACCGAGAUAUGGUUCAUGUAAUGGUAUUAGAAAGUAAACCUACAAAAUGGAUGGUACAGCAGUUAGUUUUUAUUCGGUUGGCGGUUUUAAUAACUAUAUUAUAAUACACCAAUUUAAAGACUUAACUUUAGUUUUUAUAGGUUAUAUCUAUAAAUGUUUACCAUAUACUUUUAACAUACUAUAUAUAUCAUAUAUGACAAUAUAUAUAAUAUUAUUUAUAUUAUAAUAUUGUAUUAAAACUACUGUAUCAGUAUACAUGUGUAUAAAAUAACUUAUAUAUAUAUAUAUAUAAUUAUGAACUUUGAUAAAGUAUUAUAAAUGUCUUAAAUAUACGUCUAUUAAACUACAGUAAACAUAGUUUUUUACUGAAAUAAAUAAGUUGCUAGUGUAUAAUAGAAAAAUAUACAUUUUUUUUCACAAAAUAAUUUGGUAACUAACCAUAUAACUAUGUUUAAUAUUUAUUCUAUUUUAUGUUCACACACGAUAAUAUGUUCGUUCACACGAAAAAUAACUACUACUUUUAAUCCAAACAAUUUUUAAUUUACACUAAUUUAAUAAACUUGAAAACUGUAUACCUACAUAUAUUAUUAUACUCACUUAUAUACCGCGCUA